CGGUGAAGAGAAAUUCAUGAUUCAUAUUUGGCCACCUUUUAUUUAAUCUACUUUUCUUGUGUUCUUCAAAUUAUUUUUUUGACUAAUUGUAUUCUUCACUUGUAUAUAUAUAAAACAAUUCUUAAGCCAACUAUUUACAUUAAAACCGACACAACCACUAACUAUUUCUCACUGUUCCACUUCUUCUUUCAUUUCACCAAACGUAGGAAACAAAACCUUCUUCAUAAAAAUUAACAAAAAAACCUUAGAAGAAGGAAAAAACCUCAAAGAAACCAUUGAUUCAUGGCCCUAACAAAAGAAUUCAUGGGUUCUUCAUUGGUAGAGAGACCAAUAUUUCCUUCUUCUUCACCAUGUUUUCAACAGAAGAAUGGUAGUUUCUUGAUCAGUCCUGUUUUUGUUCCUUAUGGAAACAAAAGAGUUGUCAGGUUGAGAAAAUCUGCAAAGUUCCCUGUUGCAGCUAUCAGUGAAGAUUUGAUGAAAAGCUCUUCUUCAUCUUCUUCUAUAUCAUCAUCUUCUUCUUCUGUUCCUGCUGAGAAACCAGUGAAAUUUAAGGUUAGAGCUGUUGUGACAGUGAGGAACAAGAUCAAAGAGGAUUUCAAAGAGACUUUUGUGAAACAUCUUGAUGCUUUUACUGAUAGGAUUGGACGAAAUGUUGUUCUUGAACUUUUUAGCACUGAGAUUGAUCCAAAAACAAACGCUGCAAAGAAGACCAAUGAAGCAGUGUUGAAGGAUUGGUCAAAGAAGACUAAUAUUAAAGCUGAGAGAGUUAAUUACACAGCUGAAUUUACGGUUGAUUCAAAUUUUGGAGAACCAGGAGCAAUUACUGUGAUAAAUAAUCAUCAACAAGAGUUUUACUUAGAAAAUAUAACAAUUGAAGGAUUUGCAACUGGAGCAUUUCAUUUUCCUUGCAAUUCUUGGGUUCAAGCCAGAAAAGAUCUUCCUGGAAAGAGAAUUUUCUUUUCUAAUAAGCCUUAUCUACCCGAUGAUACACCUGCUGGGAUUAAACUUUUGAGGGAGAAAGACCUGAAAAAUCUGAGAGGUGAUGGAAAAGGAGUUAGAAAAUUAUCUGACAGAAUUUAUGAUUAUGACACAUACAAUGAUCUUGGAAACCCAGAUAGAGGAAUUGAUCUUGCUAGACCAACUCUUGGCGGAUCUGAAAUGUAUCCAUACCCUAGACGGUGUCGUACUGGCCGUGAACCAUCUGAUACAGAUAUUACUUGUGAGAGUCGUGUGGAGAAGCCACUUCCUAUGUAUAUACCAAGAGAUGAAAGAUUUGAGGAAUCAAAAAUGAACACAUUUUCAGUGAAGAGGCUAAAAGGAGUGCUUCAUAACUUGCUUCCUGGCCUUAAAUCAAGUCUUUCUGCUCAAAACAAAGAUUUCAACGAAUUCUCAGAUGUUGAUGGCCUUUAUAGUGUUGGACUACUCAUUAAGUUAGGUUUGCAAGAUGAUAUUUUGAAGAAACUUCCAUUGCCUCACAUUGUUAGCAAGAUCCAAGAAUCCACCAGCCAGGGUAUCCUUAAGUAUGACAUUCCCAAGAUUAUAUCAAAGGAUAAAUUUGCUUGGUUGAGAGAUGAUGAAUUUGCUCGUCAAGCAAUAGCUGGAGUUAAUCCUGUUACCAUUGAGAGACUUACAGUUUUCCCACCUGUUAGUAAAUUAGAUCCUGAAAUCUAUGGUCCACAAGAGUCUGCUCUUAAAAAAGAGCACAUUUUAAAUCAACUUAAUGGCAUGACCGUCCAAGAGGCUAUAGAUCAAAAUAAGUUGUUUAUAAUUGAUUAUCAUGAUAUCUACCUUCCAUUUUUGGAAAGGAUCAAUGCCUUAGAUGGUAGAAAAUCAUAUGCCACACGUACCAUAUACUACUUGACACCACUUGGUACUCUAAAGCCUGUUGCUAUUGAACUUAGCCUGCCUCCAUCUGGACCAAAUACUCGAUCAAAACGUGUAGUUACACCUGCUUUAGAUGCUACUACUAAUUGGAUGUGGAUGCUUGCAAAAGCUCAUGUUUGCUCCAAUGAUGCUGGUGUGCACCAACUUGCCCACCAUUGGCUACGUACACAUGCUUGCAUGGAACCAUUUAUAUUGUCUGCUCAUAGGCAAUUAAGUGCAAUGCAUCCAAUUUUCAAGUUAUUGGAUCCACACAUGAGGUACACUUUGGAGAUCAAUGCUUUAGCUCGACAGAGCUUGAUCAAUGCAGAUGGUGUCAUUGAGUCUUGCUUCACUCCUGGUCGAUAUGCAAUGGAGAUUAGUUCUGCUGCUUACAAAACCAACUGGCGUUUUGACCAGGAUAGCCUCCCUCAAGAUCUCAUCCGCAGGGGAAUGGCAGUACCUGACCCCACACAACCACAUGGGCUAAAGCUAAUAAUGAAAGAUUACCCUUAUGCAGAAGAUGGUCUUCUAAUUUGGUCAGCAAUAGAAAAUUGGGUUCGCACCUAUGUGAACUAUUACUACCCAAAUCCAAGCCUAAUAAUCAAUGACAGAGAGUUACAAGCUUGGUACUCCGAAUCAAUCAAUGUAGGCCACGCCGAUAUGAAAGACGAAUCAUGGUGGCCGAGAUUGAACGACAGUGACAAUCUUGUCCAAGUCCUAACAAUCUUAAUUUGGAAUGCAUCCGCGCAACAUGCUGCACUUAAUUUUGGACAGUACCCUUAUGGAGGUUACGUGCCAAAUCGUCCCCCGUUGAUGAGAAGAUUAAUUCCAGAAGAGAAUGACCCUGAAUAUACAAGUUUCAUAUCUGAUCCACAAAAGUAUUUUCUCAAUGCAUUGCCUAGUUUGUUGCAAGCUACAAAAUAUAUGGCUGUUGUGGACACGCUUUCGACUCAUUCGUCUGACGAAGAGUAUUUAGGUGAGAGGCAACAGCCUUCGAUUUGGACGGGUGAUGCUGAGAUUGUCGAAGCAUUUUAUCAAUUCUCUGCUGAAAUUGGAAAGAUUGAGAAGGUGAUUGAUAGUAGGAAUUGUGAUAGGAAUUUGAGGAACCGUUGCGGUGCCGGUGUUUUGCCUUAUGAAUUACUUGCUCCCAGUUCUGGACCUGGUGUUACAUGCAGAGGGGUUCCAAAUAGUGUGUCCACAUAGAAAAAAUGUCUUAAAUAAAUAAAUGAGUCACAAUAUCAUAUCACAUUUUGCUAAGCAUUAUGGUUGGUUGGUUUAUUUAUCAGUAGUAUUAGUACUAUAAUCAGUGACUCUGGAACAUUUUGUCCUUAGAUUUGAUAAACAUUAUUACUAGUAGACAUUGGUGGCUUAUAUAUGUAGUGUUGUAUAGACUGUAGAUUUGAUUAAUGAGUUCAUCUGUGAUUUGAACCAUUUUUCAGUUAUUGAUUGCAAAUAUCUGGAACUAAAAUUUCAUA